AUGCCAUUCGUUCCGAUCUCCAGUCGCAAGCCCCACACCCUACUGCUGGACCAUGAGAAGGCACGCAUGCGCACGGAGAUGCGAAUCAAAGAUCAGGCGGUGGUGGCCGAACACUAUGGCUUAGCCCCCAGCAGUGGGGGCUAUCGCUUUGGGAACCACCCUCUGACCAGAGGUCCGGUGAGGGGUCCAGAUGUGCCCUUCCAGGGCGCAACGGCUCCAUGGAAGCCUUCGGACCAGGAACCUCAGGGGCCGAUGGCGCAGCUGGAGUCCAAACAGGCGAAAGUCGGCGCCUACUGGGAUGGUGCGCACCAAAAGCUCGCCUCCAUCCGCCACUCGCACUCCUCCCCGGCCCUGCGGCAGUCGGCCGCCGAAGUCAUGCAGGCAUGCCACCCGCUGACAACAGAGCUCAACCGAUGGAAAAAGCUUGCUGAUGUCACCGAGAAGGGCGAGGUGAACAAGGAGCUCCAGGAGUCUUUGGCGCAGACACGCACAAUGUGCCAAGCUGGUGUCCGGCCCAAACCAGUUUGGACUGGCGGAUUGGUGAACUUCCCCAAGUACAUGCUCUUCAACAACUGCCACCUGAAGCAGAUGGACUUACAGCGCUUUGCAGACCAGCAUGCUGCGCCUGAGGAAAGCGAGGGAGAUCGAGGAAGCAAUGCGGACAUAGAUGCCAGUCCGUUGGGCGAGGGCAGUGUGAGGUUCCAAGAGCCUUCCUGGGGUGCCCCCUUGCUCAAAAACAAGGACUCUGGAGUGCCAUUUGCAGGCAGUGCCAUGCCCUCUGGUCGGGCAUGCCGAACAUCCAACGCUUUGCGCAUGGGAUGA